AUGGCUGAGCCAGUGCGGCGUGGGGGCGGGGCUUGCGCUGACGUUGGCGGACCGAAGGAGCGGAGCCAGCAUUCGGGUUCGUCCGCCUGAGCGUCGCGAGUCUCCGGGUUUCCAACAAAUGGCAACGACCGCAGAAGACGUGCGGGAACCGGCGGACGCCGCCGCGCCGUCCACGCACCUCGGCGGGACCCAGCAGCACAACAGCAACAACAACAACAACAACAACAACAAAGACAAAGAGGCGGGGGAGAGCGCGACCUCCGCCGCCUCCGAACCCGGCGGGACGGCGGCGCAGAGCCUCGGCAACGGCUCGGUCAUCAACCCCAACGGGGGCGACAACGGCAAGUGGGUCCGGCUGAACGUGGGCGGAACGGUGUUCCUCACGACGCGGCAGACCUUGCUCAAGGAGCAAACUUCGUUCCUGUACCGGCUGUGCCAGCAGCAGGACCUGCACUCCGACACGGAUGAGACCGGAGCCUACGUCAUCGACAGAGACCCCACCUACUUUGGUCCCAUCCUCAACUACCUACGUCACGGGAAGCUGGUUUACAACAAGGAGCUGGCGGAGGAAGGCGUUUUGGAGGAGGCUGAGUUUUACAACAUCACGCCGCUGAUCAAACUGAUCAAGGAUCGGAUCGUAGAGAGAGACUCUAAAGCUACGCAGCAGGUACCACCCAAACACGUGUACCGGGUUCUGCAGUGCCAGGAGGAGGAGCUGACCCAGAUGGUCUCCACCAUGUCGGACGGCUGGAAGUUUGAGCAGGUCAGCGUGCGCGCCUGCAGAAAGCCCCGCACCGGACUGCUCUGGACUAUGGUGAACAUCGGGUCGUCCUACAGCUACGGGACGGAGGACCAGGCCGAGUUCCUCUGCGUUGUGUCCAAGGAGCUGCACACGGCCGGAUCGGGCCUGGGAACCGAGCAGAGCCACAAAACCAAGCCGCUGGAGACGCAGGAGGAGGAAGCAGCCAAGGAGGAAGAGGAGGAAGAGGAGGGAGGGAGAGAAACCACGGCGAAUGAGUGGCUGAGAGAAUGAGCGAGUCAUGUUUGUUCCGAAGGGAAGCGGGAAUGGCUUUUCCAGAUCCACGGGUCCCGCAUGUAGGAGCCCCACCCCAAACCGCUUCCUAAGCCCCGCCCCCUCCGACUGUCAUCAGCGGACCGCCGUCAGAACCGGAUCUCAUGUCAUCGAGACGCAGAACAAUCCUGCUCAAUCCGGUCGUUUCACUCCAACAACAGAGCUUAGUAAGUCACAACCAAAGAUCCGCAACCGGCCGGAGGUCAGAGGUCAGCUCUGACCCGCGGUUCUGACCCGCUGUGCAGCUGCUGACAGGCGGCGUCUGGACCCUGACACGUCCCACUGUGGCGUCUGUCAGUUCUCCAUCCUCGUUGCCCCCGGUGAUGAGGCAGCACUUCCUGUUUUUAUUCAGACGGCAGAAAGAAAAGCAAACAAACCCGUUCAGGACGAUCAAUUCGUUUCAGCCGGAUCAAAAAACAAUCUGAAGGCGAGACGAGUCUCCAUUGGCAACAAAACUACAUUUAAAAAGACACUCAGCGUUAGGACAAGGUUGUUUUUCAUAAGUGUAAUGGAAACACUUUUCAACAACCAGAUGUUACUACUGCCAGAAAUGACAAAGAAGACGACAGGAAGUGGUUGGAGGAUGAUGGCGCUGCAGAUUUUAAUUGUAUUAUUUAAUGGAAACAUAGUAAUUGAUUUUUUGACACUAGUGGAAUACCAACUGUGUUUCCAUUAAUCAUGAACUGACACAAAUUGAAAUUCUGAAAAUAAAUGUGCUUUAUGGACCCUUGAAUAUUUUGAAGAAAAAAUUGCGUUUUUUAAUUAAAAGUUUUUGCUCAAUGAUGAGGUUUUUAAACAAUCAAAAUUUAUGUAUUUCAUUAAACUGUACUGGAAAUGCUUUGUUCGCAUGAUCAACAGGAUGUUACUACUGCUGGAAACCACAAAGACAACAGGAAGUACUUCUAGGAUGGUGCAGCAGGAUUUUAACAAAUUAUGACAUGAACAAAACUAUUCAUGUGUGAUUUAAAUUAAAUUUCUUAUUUAAUAGAAUCAGCAAUUACAAAAUUGUUUUUUCUUUUGCAUUAGUAGAACAUCAACAAAAUUUUGGGCACAUUUGUAAUAGAAACGAGUAAAGUAUUUAGAACGAUGCCACACCAUCAUCCUGUUUUCUUUGUCGUUUCCAGCAGUAGUAACACCAGGUUGGUGAUCAUGUGACUCGUGUGAUGUGAAAAUGUGUUUCCUUACAGUUUUGCAAAAUGGACCAAUUUAAAUGCAGCCAAAAACUUACAGAAAACUUAAUUUUUUUUAAUUGGAGUGUUUCCAUUAAGCAAAUUUAUUUUCAAAUAUUAAAUUGCACGAUUAUAUGGUGAAUGGAAAAGGCAGAAUAAGUAGGCAGAGUCUCCUCUGAUUGGCUGAUAGAUUAUUAUGAAUAUACAGCAAUUGCAAAAUUGUGUUUUUCAACAUUAACGGAUCAAAACACACAUUUUUGUGUGAUGGAAAAGUGUUUCCAUUACACUUAUGAAAAACAACCUUGUCCUAACGCUAAAAGUGUAAAAAUGUAUUUUUGUUGCCAAUGGAAACACACAAAACACAGGCUUCCGUUCUGCCUCCAUGUUUAGCUUCUUAUUGAUAGAUAAGAAAAUAUUUGGACAGUUUUUAUUACUUGAAGCUGCAUUAAAGUCCAAAUCAUAACGACAUGAGGCCACACAAGCAGCGAUCAGAUGGUUUUCCUGUGUGCAGGUGUGUCUGGACAGGUGGAAACGCAGCACAUUGGAGCCUUUGUUGGUUCAAAAGAAACAAAGAAAAAAGAUUAAUCUCAGAAAUUCCUGGUUUUUGUCUCAAAAAAUUCUGAGGUUUGACAUUUUUAGCAUUUUUAAGGAAAUUACCUCGUUCUUGAAAAUUUCUGAUAUUCUUUUUGCAAAAUUAACUUGUCUUUUUUCUGUUUACAGUGGUCAUAAUAUGUUGUAUGUUUAUGGCUAAACUACAACAAAAAGCUCACUUUGUAAAUACAACCAAUGAUUAAAAAGACGCUUUUAAAAUCGUUUUUAAUCCACAGGAAGUUAUGUCCUGUUGGAAUCAAGAUGGCGGACGCUGCGAAACGUCCAGAGACAGAUUACAUUAAAAUGUCCCGUUAGCGACAAUCCAGAUUUAAAACCGUCUUUCUUUGUGUUGGUAGAUCAAUUCAGAGCUGCAGUAAACCAAUAAAUGUUAAAAUAGUUCAACUUUAAGGAGUAGAUAAAAAUCGUCUGUUGCUCAUUUUUUAUGGUAUUGGUCCGAUGAGUGAAACUGGGCCGAUAUUUAUCGGGUCAUGUGACGCUGAUGCAGCAGAGGAUUAUCUCUUGGCAAAUAUCAGCAAUAUUUAUAUCAGAUAUCGGCCCACGGUUUCCAGUCGGUGGUCGAUUGUCAACAGAGCGGCGGCCAUCUUUGUUUCUCCCGGCCUUUUUAACUCGGAUCAUCCAGUGCCUUGAGUUAAAGCAGGAAGCCGGACCCGACAUGUCUGACAGGCAGGGUUUGUUGCUUCUCUACAUUAUUUUGAUGAAAUGUGGACAGGACACUUUUGUUUGGUUUAUUUUGAAUGUUUGGUUUUUAUUUUCUGUGUGGUUGAGGUUUUUAUAAGUUGUGAUUAUUUUCUAUUUGAAACAACGACCAUCAGGUUUUCUGAAUGUUCUUCCUUCCGGUUGAAGCCGGUGCGUCUCAAUAAACCAAUAAUCUACUGAAGCCGUUACAUUCAGAAAGUCAAACUAACAUGGAUUUGUUGCAGUCACAUGGUUCAAGUGUUAAUUCAUUUAAAUUGGAAUAUUACCGUAAUUUCCAGACUACAAUAUUUUUUUUCACAUGCCGAAGCGGUUAAUAUGUUUUAAAAACUUAAUUUCUGAUAUUUUAUGACAAACAUUAUAAUUUAAAUGUUUAAAUCAAAUUGUUUAAAUGUUUUCAGUCACUAAAUAAACAAAAGUAAUUUAAGUUUUUGUUUCGGAUGUAUGUGCAGAUUUACUACAGGAAGUUUACAUACAAAAGGACUAUUUUUAAAUCUUGUAAUCCACAAUUUUAUUAGUAAUAAAGAGCAAAAAGUGAAAAAAUAUAAAAAAUCUUAAAAACUCAAAGAAAAACCUCAAGUUAAGCACAAUGCUAAUAUUCAAAACUGGACUAUUUAUGAGAUUUUUUAUUUUUAUUUUCUUUUCAAACUUAGGUGUGUUCAAUAGUCCGGAAAUUACGGAGCAACAAACCAGCUAAAAAUAUGACAGGAAUGUUCUGUUCGUCCAGCAGGCUGUUCAAAAUCAUGGAAAGUUGAGUGGAAGAAAAAUGUUUUGGCAGAAAUCUAAACCACUUUCAUUAAAAAAAAAAAUAUUCUGAGUUGAACCAGAAUUGAUAAGUUUUUUUGUAACAAAUCCAAAUAAGUUUGUAUUUUUGUUUGAAGUUGUGAAAUGUUUGCUGCUGUGGAUGCCCUUCAUGGUCGGCAUCAUUCCUGUUGCUGUAUUUCACCGUUUUCAUGCAACUUCUGAUGCAAAAAGCGCCACCUAGUGUUGCACUUUGAAUAUUCUGGUGAAAAUCCAGAAACAUGAGGCUGAAACGGCUGAACGUUUGGACUUUGUUUCAUCAGAGCAGUGAAAUAUUUGUAAAACAAUAUGACACAUGAAAUGUACCGAUGAAUCUGUACAGGCGGUUUUAACUUCACCUGAACAACUCUUCAUCAUCCAACAGGAAGUUACUUCUAUUUUUAUUAUUAUUUACUGUUGACGGUCACUGUUGUAUACAAAAAUAAAACAUUUCUUUGGAUUCAGA